AUGGCGUCAUGGUGCAAACCAAGCAAACAGGAAGAGGUUAGGAACUCCACCGUGCUAUCUUCGGCCACCUACUGGGGUCAAUUUGAGGAGAUUGGCAAAUACAAUGCCAACUUGAACGUUGCCGAGCGACUCUGGGCCGCCUGGUACGCGUGGAUGCAGAAUGAUGUCCUGGCCACCGGUAUCAUGUCCUUCAUGAUGCACGAGCUGGUCUACUUCGGCCGCUCGUUGCCAUGGAUCUUUAUCGAUAGCCUGGGCCUCUUCAAGGGCUACAAGAUUCAGAGCAGCAAGAUUCCUUCCCUGCGCGAACAGUGGGAUUGCGCCAAGUUUGUGCUCCUGAGUCACUUCACCGUAGAACUGCCUCAGAUCUGGCUCUUCCAUCCUAUGGCUCAAUUCUUCGGCCUUACCACUUCCAUUCCUUUCCCCUCCCUGUGGACCAUGGCGUAUCAGAUCGCGAUUUUCUUUGUGAUGGAAGACACCUGGCACUACUUUUCCCACCGCGCCCUGCACUGGGGUCCUCUCUACAAGGCCAUUCAUAAGAUCCAUCAUCAAUACUCGGCACCCUUCGGUCUGGCCGCGGAAUAUGCUUCCCCCAUCGAGGUCAUGAUCCUUGGUUUCGGCACCGUCGGCUGCCCAAUUGUCUGGUGUGCUUUCACCGGUGACUUGCAUAUUCUCACCAUGUAUAUCUGGAUUGUCCUGCGCUUGUUCCAGGCAAUCGAUGCGCACAGCGGCUACGAAUUCCCCUGGAGCCUCCACCACUUCCUGCCUUUCUGGGCUGGUGCUGAUCACCAUGACCUCCACCACGAGAAGUUCAUUGGCAACUACUCCAGCAGCUUCCGGUGGUGGGACUACGUCCUGGACACUGAGUAUACUCCCGAUGCUCUGAAGCGCCGGAGGGAGAACCAGGUCUCCUCAAAGAAGGCUCAAUGA